AUGGCUGACACUGAGUCAGACAACCCUGCAGUUCUUGCUCUGUAUGAGGAGAUUGCACGGGCCAAAAAGCGGGCUGCCGAGCGCAAGAAAGCCAAGGAGGAACAAGCCAACGCCAAGUACGGGUCAGUGCUAGAGGGCGAUCAGUUGGUGCUGAAGUUGCCUCCUCCACCACUCAAGCCCGACGCUGAUGAGUGCUGCAACUCUGGGUGUACGCCCUGUAUUCUAGACACAUACAAGGAGACAAUGGAUACCUACGCGUCGGAGGUGGCGGUUUUGAAGCUGAACCACCAGCUAGCACUGCGCGGCGAAGUGACUGACAGUGCGGUCCUGAAACACAUGGGUCUGCAGCCCGGACUGCUGAACCCGCUAAAGUUCACAAUGGUGCGUGUGAUUGCUGUGCAGCAGCUCAACAGUUAUUCGCGGCUGUUUAUCAUUGACGCUGAUUCCAGUAACUUCUUUUUGGCUGCCGGCGAGCAUAUACACAUCCGUGCUACGGUCAACGACGCACGGCUAACGAGGCCAUUUACACCGCUAAUGAUUGAAGCUCCCGAUGGCGUCGUUCGGCCGCAUCUGCUCAUUCGGCUCUAUGACCAUGGCCUGUCGCGCUACUUCCGCACCCUAGGAAUCGGUGAUUACAUGUCUGUGCGCGGGCCAGUGUCUACCACUGGUAACUUGACCAAAGUGCUUCAAGGGGACGCAAUUCUGCAGUUUGCGCAUGUCAACGAGUCAUAUCGCGGCAAGCGGAUCGUGCUGGUGCAGUGCGCAAUCGAACACACAGGCAUUCAACUGGCAACAGCAUCGCUGUCGACUGGCCAUCGCCAUGUUACGCCGGGCAGGCUUACCCUGGGGCGGCUGCGCAAAAUUGUGCCUGAGCAACCGACUGACAGACAUGCGAUUGUCUGCGGACCAGGGUUGUUCAACCAGGACGUAAAGGCACACCUGGAAGCACUGUCGAUCGCAAACAUCCAGCUUCUUUAG